AAAAAAAAAACAAAAGAAAAGGCAAAAUAAUUUCUACCGCUAAAAUUACUAUUUCUCAAUUCUAAUCUUAUUCUCUCUUUCUUUUCCUUCAGACAGGCAAAAAUACCGUCUUUUCCGAACCAAAUCGUCACUGCAUCAACUAGUUCUUCAUCAAUCUGCUUUCUUUCUUGAUUGCCAAGCCCUGAGCCUCCUCUAAAUACCGCGGCCUCCACAACGCUGUGGAAAGUCCAUUGCGUUGAAUCCCCAGAUUCUGUUUAACAAUGGCAAUGUAGAUCAAUUGUUAUAUCAUAUGGUAGGUGCUUGUGAAAUUUGAAUUGACCGCUCAUUCAUUUGAUCUGGUUAAGCUCCAUGGCUCCAAGCAAAAUCAGAAAAGCCCUUGGGGCGGUCAAGGACCAGACGAGCAUCGGCCUUGCGAAAGUUGGAAGCAGCAGCUCUCUCUCCGACCUUGACGUUGCCAUCGUCAAGGCGACCCGGCACGAAGAAUUCCCCGCGGAGGAGAAGCACAUCCGGGAAAUCUUGAGCUUGACGUGCUACUCACGUGCCCACAUCAGCUCAUGUGUUAGCACCCUCGCGAGGCGCCUCAACAAGACUCGGAACUGGACAGUGGCUCUAAAGACAUUGAUGCUGAUCCAACGGCUGCUUGCGGAGGGCGAUCCGGCAUAUGAGCAGGAGAUUUUUUUCGCCACUAGGAGGGGCACUCGGCUCCUUAACUUGUCAGAUUUCCGUGACACCUCGAGGUCGAAUUCAUGGGACCAUUCCGCGUUCGUGCGGACGUAUGCGCUCUACCUUGAUGAAAGGCUCGAGUACAGAAUGCAAGGCAGGCGAGGGAAGCGGAGCGCAUAUGGAGUGGAUGAUGAAGAAGGUGAAGACAAUGCAGGCAUUGUUCCGGCUGCUGUUAAGGCCACGCCCGUGAGGGAGAUGAAAAUCGAGCAGAUCUUCUCCAAGAUGCACCAUCUGCAACAGCUUCUUGAACGCUUCUUGGCAUGCAAGCCAACGGGUGGAGCUAAAGAUAACAGAGUUGUGUUCGUUGCGCUCUAUCCAAUAGUUAAGGAAAGCUUUCAAAUCUACUAUGAGAUGACAGAGAUAAUGGGAAUCCUGAUCGAUCGUUUCAUGGAGCUAGAGAUUCCUGACUGCGUGAAGGUGUACGAGAUCUUCUCUCGGACUGGGAAGCAGUUCGAAGAGCUUGAUAUCUUCUAUGGCUGGUCCAAGAAUGUUGGAGUGGCCCGCUCUGCCGAUUAUCCAGAAGUUGAGAAAGUAACCCAAAAGAAACUCGAUCUCAUGGAUGAAUUUAUCAAGGAUAAAUCUGCACUGGCACGUGGUAAGAGAGAAGGAUCUGUGGAACAGAAGAAUGAAACUCCUGUUCAAGAAACAUCCAAAGAAGCAAAUGAAGAAGAGGAAGAUCCAAAUGCUGUCAAGGCUCUACCUGCACCUGAAAACCUCAUGGAAGCUUCAACUGGAGAUCAGGAUGCGGAAAGCUUGGAGCCGAAGCAAGAGGAGAAAAAAGCGAAUGUGCAACUAGAGGGUGAUUUGUUGAAUUUGGGGGAUGAUGCGGUCACGCGUGAAGAGCACGGGGACAAGCUGGCCUUGGCCUUGUUUGACGGCGGCACCCCUACAUCGGUGGCUACCACGACGGCUUCCCCGUGGGAAGCUUUCUCUGACAACACUCCGGAUUGGGAGGCAGCGCUAGUUGAAUCAGCAAGCAACUUGACUAAUCAGAAGAAGGCACUAGGCGGCGGCUUUGACAUGCUGUUACUCGAGGGCAUGUAUCACCGAGGAACGAUGGUGGCUGCGAUGGGUGGGACUGCUGGUAACGGAAGCAGCGGAAGUGCUAGUAGUGUUGCGCUCGGGUCAGCAGGGAGGCCUGCAAUGCUAGCUUUGCCAGCGCCGCCGACAUCAGAGGGGAGUAAUAUGCCCACCGGGUCGGAUCCUUUCAUGGCAUCCCUUGCGGUGGCGCCGCCGCCAUACGUGCAGAUGUCAGAGAUGGAGAAAAAACAGAAGCUUCUGAUGGAGGAGCAGAUGAUGUGGCAGCAAUACGCAAACAAUGGGAGGCAAGGGCAGGUUGGAGUCACAAAUGUACAGGCUAACUAUCCAUACAACACGGGAGGUUACACAAGAAACUACUGAAACAUCAGCUCCCAACGACUACACAAUUUGGUGCUUUUGAAGGGGUGAAGCUGAUUUCAAUUUUCAUUUUGCAGAAACUAGUUAGUCGAGUUUGUUCAAUCGAUGCUCAGGUUGGUUUAUACUUUUCAAUGGCUUCGGCUUGGAAAUUUACCCUGUUUAUGCAGCAUUGUUUCAAUCUCUUGCCAGAGAUUUGGGAGUUCCUAUCAUAAUGCAUGACUACUUGACAGAAAAUCCUGACUGUA